AUGCUCUCUGCCUUUCGUUUUGCACAGGUAACAACAGCAAGAUUAGCAAGAAACAUUUACACAACACGCAACGCAAUGGGUUCGCUGAGAGUAGCCGUGAUCGGACAGUCGCAGUUUGGCUUGGAAGUUUACAAAAGCCUUCGCGCAAAAGGUCACGAAAUCGUCGGGGUUUUCACCGUCCCUGACAUAAAAGGCAAGCCUGAUAUUUUAGCGGCGGGAGCAGAGGCAGACGGAGUCAAAGUCUUCAAAUUUAAACGAUGGCGUUCCCAAGGAGAACCUAUCGAGGAAGUGGUCGACGAAUACAAAGCGUGCGGAGCCGAACUUAACGUUCUACCAUUUUGCUCGCAAUUCAUACCAAUGAAUGUGAUCGACUUCCCCAAACAUGGCUCUAUUAUUUACCAUCCUUCUCUGCUUCCAAGACACAGAGGUGCCUCUGCGAUAAAUUGGUGAGUUUUUCUUGUGUUCAUGGUCACGCAAAGUACAAGCAAAACCACAAGUGUUCAAUUCUGUGGGAUGCCAAUUUCAUUACCCUUAGCUUAAGUUAUUUAUAAUCAAAACGUGUUGAUUUGUUGUUAAGAAGUUCAAUAGCUCUUUUCUUAACACAGCUGAAUGCUCAAGGGAAUUAUAAAGGUCAAAAAGUAAAAACAACUCUAUUGAAUAGCGUGUUGAUUUCGAUCAUUGAUAGUUGGACUGAACACGUUGUCGUUGCAACGGACCGUUAAAUAAGAUAAACAGAUAAUUUUGAGGCUUGGAAGAGAUAAUUUCAAACCAGUCAAACAAGGAUAAUGUACCGAUAAAAAGGGACUUUUGAAAUGAAGCUGGGCCGGCCGGUAUGUCGGCUGCGAAGACCAUGAAAUUUCCCAUAUCACUUUCUCUUUUAGUUUUACCAUAGAAAGAUGUUAAUUUCUCCGUCUGCAUACAUAUUUGUUUAGCUUGAUUUUUCUUUACAAAAUUUUUUUCAGUUAUUAAAAUCUUUUUUUCUUCGUUUGUUUCAUUGAGCUGCUUGUUUAUAAAAUGGUUGAAAUGACCUAUAGGAUUUGACCUUUUAUAUGGCUGUCGCCAUCUUGUUUUGGUGCCGUUGUUGAUGUUUAUAUUUAGUUCAAUAAGAGUUUUACUAGACGAAAGAGUAGAGAUAAAUUUACAGUAUUUUGGUUUGUCGGUAUUAAUUUAUGCGUUAUGUAAAAUGUUGAUUGUCCAGGAAAAGACAUUCCAAAACUAUAUUUACAAUAAUUAUUCUUGUACUUUUUUGUGGAUUUGUUCUUUGGUUUUACGUGUUAAUUAUGCAAAACAAAUUUAUCGAUGCGACCUAAACGAGAAAAUAAUCUAACUAGGAAGCCAAUUUUAAGGUGAUUGACACUGAGACUGAGAUUUUACAGUUGGAAUGUCUGCAAAAUUUAAGAGGGGUGGGGGAGUCCUCCGGAUUUCAAGUGACAGGGAUGAUAGAAUGGGGACAAAAAGCAAAACCCAAAAAAAUCCCUAGGGCUUGCAACAAAACCAAAAAAAACCCCAUGCCAAAUUUCCGCGCCAUAGAAAUUUCCAGAAAGCAUUAAGUGAUGUAAUAAGAAAAAUAGAAAUAUAAGUUUUGAAUAUCCCAAAAAAUCCCUGCUUAAAUCAUGCUACCCAAAAAAAUACUUGCCAAAAUUUGCCUACCCAAGAAAAUCCCGAAAUCGAAAAUUUCAAACCCCCCAAAAUUCUUUGAUCAUCCCUGUCACUUGAAAUGCAGAGUACUCCCCCCCUGGGGCAGACACCCCUUUAAUACGGACACCUUCUAUGGCCCCCUCAGUGUCUGUUUGAACAGGGUUUGACUGUACCAUGAGCAAAAAUCCAGCUAGUGAAUAGUGCAGGACUUGAAUUCAAGGCCUCCGAAUUGCAAGUCUAAUGCUUUAACUACUUGGGGAUGAUGCCUCCUGUAAACUAUGAAUAUAACGUGGAUUUUAUUCUUUUCAGGACUUUAAUGGAGGGCGACAAGCAGGGAGGUUUCAGUGUGUUCUGGGCUGAUGACGGUUUAGACACAGGUCCUAUCCUGCUUCAAAAAAGUGUAGAUGUUGACGCCAAUGACACGGUGGAUACUCUAUAUAAUCGCUUUUUGUACCCUGAAGGGAUCAAAGGCAUGGUAUGUGACUGUUAGUGUACUAUCAGAAUUAUUUUAUGAUCUUAUUUCGUAGUAACAUAGGCCAUGCUGGGUCAGGAUCAACAGUAAGAUCUAUAUAUAUGUGACAUCAUAAUCCUUGUUUAAUAACCAAGUGUGUUUGUUGUGGAAUGCCAGGACCACAUACUAGUCCUGUUGUCAAGAUUUCAUGUUGCUGGGUAGUGUGCAAAGAAAGUCAAAUUCGGGCAAGCUGAAGCUAACAUUUACUUGUCCAAACAUCAUUUCAACUAGCCCCAAAAAGGUUUUGAUGAUCAGAUUGAUUUCACAGUUCUUCUGUAAUUUGAAUUCCUCAAAAAACUUCACUUGCCUGUUCGGCAAGUUAAUAACAGAAUUCACUAGCCCAAUAGCAAA